AUGGAGGACCAGGAGGUGCAAAUCGCCACGUUUAGCUCAGUCACGGGGGCUGAUGCGGAGGCGGGGCGCUUCUUCAUGGAAAUGACGGGUUGGAACAUGGAGCAAGCCAUAAGCGCCUUCUUUGAUCAAGGCGGUGUAGCGGCCCUGCCAGCCCGGUCGGACCCCGUUGACAAUGGACGUGGCAAGGAGCCGGUCGAGAGAGCCGUGUCGUUUGUCGCGAAGGCCUUUGGUGGUCACCUGCAGAAGGGACUCCGGCAGCUGCUCGCAGCGCGAAUGUUCACCGACGUCACCCUCAACGUCCUGCAGGAGAACCAGGAGCCCGUCAGCGUCCCCGCCCACAAGUUUGUGCUCUCCAUGGCCUCGCAGGAGUUCAAGCUUCUCCUUUGGAACAGCUCCAAGGACAUGGAGAAUGCCAUGGACGAGGAAGAUGCGUGCGAGGUGAAGGAGGUGGACGUUGACAUCGGGAACAUCCCGCUUCGCAUCUUCAACUACAUGCUAGACUUCAUCUACACCGGCACGACCUCGUUUGCCGAGUCCGACCUGCUACUGCUGAUCGAACUGGCGUCCAAGUAUCGGGUCGUCUCCCUUCGCGAAAAGUGCGGCGAGAUGCUCUACGAUGACAACAAGGACGUCGCGUCGCUCAUGGAGAUUGCAGCCAAGUACGGGUGUGUCAAGCUGGGCCAGCUGUGCGCUCAGUAUUUUGCCCGCAACUGGACCAGGGCCUCCAAGGACGGGACGCUGAUGCGGCUCAACCCGGGGAUGUGGGAGGAGCUUCUGCGUCGCGACGAGAUCGAGGCCUACGAGGAGGACAUCUUCGCCGCCGUCAUCCGAUAUUCGCAGGACCAGAUCUAUGAACGAGCCGAUCGGGUGCUGGAGCAGCUGCUGCCGCUGAUCCGAUUCCCGUUACUCGAGACCCGCUUCCUGCUGGAGGACGUGGGCAAGAACCCCAUUCUCGAGAUUCUGCCCAUCACACACGAGCUUCUGCACGAGGCCUUCAGGUACAAGCUGUGUCCGGAUCCACAUCUCACACAGGCAGGCCGGUGCAAGCCACGGAAGGGUGCGCUGAGGUGGUCAGCGACACAGAAGAGCGGAGACAUCGUGGUGAGCGAUAAUCGAAUGACGGCGUCCUACCGGGCCUCGUCCGCCGCCAACCGGUGGAACACCGUGCUGGCCGAGACCUACGUCCGAGCGCCGGGCAAGCACACGUUCUACAUUCGGGUGGACGCCUGCAACUCGGGCUGGAUGUUCAUCGGCGUGGCCACCAAGGACUGGAACGGUUGGCGCAGCUCCGGAGGUGCCGGCGGCCGCGGCCGAGUUCACUCUGCUACCACCUAUAUUGGCAAUGUGGCCCCCAGCUGGUCCAUUGCCUCGUCUGCGGGCUGGGGCAAGACCGACGCCGGCGGCUCCAACGUGCCCUACGGCAACGGCUUCAGCACAGGUGAUGUGGUCAAGCUGGUCAUUGACUCAGACGAAAAGACGGUGUCGUACGCCGUCAAUGGGUUGGAUCUUGGCGUCGCCUUCACCGGCCUCCCCCAUGAGUUGCGGGUGGGCGUGACACUCUACGGCCCGGGCGAUCGCGUCACCAUUGUGCAGGGAGACAAGAAGACCUCCGACUGA